GGUUAAGGUUACACACAGGUGUUCAGAAUAUGCUAGAUAGCUAAUUAGCACAGGUGUUCUCUUUUUCCGUAAACAAGCGUUGUAACAUGGAGAUAUGGCCGUGUGGGAACACUACCCCUAACCAUAUAAAAAGCCCUACAAAGGAUGUACUGGUAAACAAUGCCUUCAUCUCAUGAUUGGAUAAACAACCCCUUGAGCGUUGUCAAAGGGAUGUUUGGGGUGCAGUCAAUUUGUUUUUCCCCCAAGAAGAGGAUUUUAUUAUAGACAGAAAUACUCCCCAGCACACCCCUCAAACAAGCCCGCUGUUGAAGAAGCUGGAUAUGGAUGUCCUGGUCUGGUGCGGUUACACGUGGUCUGUGGUUGUGAGGCCGGUUGGAUGUACUGCCAAGUUCUCUAAAAGGAGGCAGUUUAUGUCUUACUAUCUCAGUAUGAGCCUCCACACCAACACCAUGAACAGCCUGCAUCUGGUGCCCACGAAGGACUCUGUGGCUAACCAGCUGGUGAGUGGAGCCUUGCAGCUGGCCAGGGACACUGCCCUCUUCCUGGAUGAGAUGCAGCUGGAGCAGGGUCAACUGGACACCUCAGGUGUCUGGAACAUCCCGGCUCUGGGGAACAUGAUUUCCUGGCAGAAGGUCGAUUAUGACUUCAACUACCACAAGGUGGAAUUCCCCUGCAAUAUUAACGUGCUCAUCACGUCAGAGGGCAGAUCCCUGCUACCAGUGAGCACAAAGGCGUCAAAUAAAAUUUUAUUGGCCACAUCCGCAAUACCGUCUGAUAAGUAUGUGUGUGUAGUGAAAUGCUUGUGUUCCUAGCUCCAACAGUGCAGUAGUAUCUAACAAUUCACAAUACACACAAAUCUAAAGGUAAAAGAAUGGAAUAUAUAAAUAUUAGAUUGAGCAAUGUCGGAGUGGCAUUGACUAAAAUAUAGUAUAUACUUAUGAGAUGACUAAAGCAGUAUUUAAACAUUAUCAAAGUGACCAGUGAUUCCAAGUCUAUGUAUAUAGGGUAGCAGCCUCUAAGGUGCAGGAGGAGUAACCGGAUGGAAGAUGGCUAGUGAUGUCUGAUGGCCUUGAGAUAGAAGCUGUUCUUCAGUCUCGGUCCCAGCUUUGAUGCACCUGUACUGACCUCGCCUUCUGGAUGAUAGCGGGGUGAACAGGCAGUGGAGAGGGUGGUUGUCCUUGACCUUUUUGGCCUUCCUAUGAUAUCGGGUCCUGGAGGGCAGGUAGUUUGCCCCCGGUGAUGGGUUGGGCAGACCGCACCACCCUCUGGAGAACCUUGCGGACGGUGUUGUUGCCGUACCAGGCGAUGAUACAGCCCGACAGAUGCUCAAUUGAGAGCAUCCUAACAGUUUGAGGGUUUUAGGGGCCAAGCCAAAUUUCUUCAGCCUCCUGACCUCUUUACCACACUGUCUGUGUAGACCAUUUCAGAUCGUCAGUGAUGUGUAUGCAGAGGAACUUGAAGCUUUCUGCGUUCCCGUCGAUGUGGAUAGGGGUGUGCACCCUCUGUUUCCUGAAGUCCACGAUAAGCUCCUUUGUUUUGUUGACAUUGAGUGAGAGGUUAUUUACCUGGCACCACUCUCCCAGGGCCCUCACCUCCUCCCUGUAGGCUGUCUCGUCAUUGAUGGUAAUCAGGCCUACUAUGGUUGUUGUCUGCAAACUUGAUUCGUGAGUUGGAGGCAUGGGUGAACAGGAAGUGGCUGAGCACGCACGUUUGUGGGGCCCCUGUAUUGAGGAUCAGUGAAGUGGGGCGGCAGGGUAGCCUAGUUGUUAGAGCGUUGGACUAGUAACUGGAAGGUUGCAAGUUCAAACCCCCCUACCUGACAAGGCACAAAGCUGUCGUUCUGCCCCUGAACAGGCAGUUAACCCAUUGAAAAUAAGAAUUUGUUCUUAACUGACUUGCCUAGUUAAAUGAAGGUUCACUACUGGGGAUGGCCCGUCAGGAAGUACAGGACCCAGUUGCACAGGAAGGGUUUCAGACCAAGGGCCCCGAGCUUAAUGAGGAGCUUGGAGGGUACUAUGGUGUUGAAUGCUGAGCUAUAGUUAAUGAACAGCAUUCUUACAUGGGUAUUCCUCUUGUCCAGAUGGGGUAGGACAGUGUGAUGGCAAUUGCAACGUCUGUGGAUCUAUUAGGCGGGUAAGCAAAUUGAAGUGAGUCUAGGGUGUCAGGUAAGCUAGAGGUGAUAUGAUCCUUAACUUGCCUCUCAAAGCAUUCAUGAUGACUCAAGUGAGUGCUACGGGGUGAAAGCAAAGGUAACUGAACUAAAUUACUUAAUUUGUUGCAUGUAACAUUUAUAUAUUUUUUUCAGGGUAUAAUUCCAAAGAAGAGAGGCAUGCAUGAGUAUGACCACUAUGGAUUUGGUCCCAAAUGUAUAACCAAUAUAAUUUAAGAGCUGGGUGAAAAUGUUCAUGUUUAACUCAUUAAACAGAUGAACAUGUAAAAUAAUUGUCAUAUCGUCAGAUCUUUAAUUUACUGAAAUUCUUUGUGUAGACACAGUAUUUUUCAUAGACCCAGGACAAAGAACUUAUACAGUAGAAAUAAGAAAUAUAUUUUAAUAUUCAAUCAAAUUUGAGUACAACAUUAAAAAAAAAUGACAAGUCAGUUAUUUGAGAGGUGAAGUACAACCACAGACAUUAAGACAUGGGAUUAUCGCUGGAAGAUGUGUUUAAAUGCAGUGCAAUCGUGUCUAGUCACUCACAAUGACGGAAAUGUAACUUCGUAAUCUCGGUUACGUAAGUAACCCCAAGUUCUAUUUCAAAUAUAUCGCUUCACUUUCUCACAAUGGGGAUAUGGAUUGCCCACUUGCUCUCCGAAGCCAGACUAGUCCCAACAAUAUCACCCCUGAGGCACCAACACGGAGGACAGUAUGCACCAACGAAGGAGCAGAAACAUCCAGCUGUUAAAACCUCAAAUGUAUGAGGGGUGGCCCAACGUGCAGUAUUGCGAAUCAGUGCCCAAGAGCUAGUGGAAUGAGCCUUCAAGCCCCCAGGGGGCUGCAAACCCUUGCUAUUAUAAUAGCCUCCACUAUGGGAGUCGUUGACAAGAGAGAGGGGCCCUCUUGCAGGGGAGCACCUAGGAGAUGGAGAGUUGGUCACUCUUACCAUGCUCUCGUUCUAUCCAAGUAUACUGAACAAAAAUAUAAAUGCAACAUAUAAAGUGUUGGUUUCAUGAGCUGAAAUAAAAGAUCCCAUAAACAUUCAAUACACACAAAAAGCUUCUUCAUUUAAAAUUGUACACAUUUGUUUACAUCCCAGUUAGUGAGCAUUUCUCCUUAGCCAAGAUAAUCCAUCCACUUGACAGGUGUGGCAUAUCAAGAAGCUGAUUAAACAGCAUGAGGUCUAUGCCC